AUGGUUAAAGAUGAUUCAAUAAUAGCAACAAUUUCUACAAAUGAAACUCAAAUGAAGGUUCAUUUUGGUUUUGAUUUGACAUUUGGACAAUUGCUAGAACAAGAAAAUAAAGAAAAAACUAAAAAUGUAGAGCAUGUUGUUGAAAACGAAAUAGAAAAAUAUGCCGAGAUAGAACCAUUCCAGGAAGACGAAGAAUAUGGGGAUGCUAUGGAUUAUGUUGAAAGUUACUUUGAUAAUGGAGAGGCAGAUGAUGCAUUUGAUGACGAUGAAAAUCAUCGCCUGAUACAGAGAAUCUCUGCUAUUCAUUCCCCCCAGACAAGCGUAUGUCGCGCUCAGCAGGUCUUUCGACGUGAGAAACGUGAACAUCUCGAAUAUAGCGAACUUGUUGUAGGAGCUGGUAGAAGUCGUUAUGUUGUUAUUGGGAACUUUUCAAAAAUAGCGGAUAAAAUUUUGACCAGACGACCGCGCAACCAAAUACAGCCUAAAUUUUUGAAUUAUUAUUUCAUCAUUAACUUUAGAGGUUUUUAUGCUACUAAAAUUUUUGAUUCUCUAAACAUUAUUUUUGCACUUAUUUUGUAG